AUGAAAAACAAAAUAAAAAAAUAACCACCUUAAUAUGCCCUCAAAUUAACAAAAUUAAAUUAACCUCUUGAUUCCAAAAAUCUAAAAGUACUCAAUCUUUAAGGAUUAUAAUUAUAACAAUUUGAUAUCAAAGUGGAAAAUCUAUUAACUCUUAUUUUAGAUUUUAACAAUCUUAGAAAUUUAGACAUCAUUUCUUAAUUUCCUAAUUUAAACACUUUGUCCAUAACUAAUAAUUAAAUAGAAGAAUUCAAUGUCCCUUCAAGUAUUAUACUUAAUAUUAUCAAGCUCUUAGGAUAUUAAAUAUAUCAAAUAAUCUCUUAAAGACUAUCCAUCUAAAAUAAUUAUAGUAAUUAGAUGCUAGUUCCAAUUAAUUAUAAUUCAUUUAAUAAGAUUAAUAAAAUAAUCUCAUAUAGUUAAAAUUAGAUUGGUUAAGAAUAAUAAAUUAAAAUGAUGUAUGGGAGCAUUUAACAAUAAAAUAGUUUGCAAAUUAAUAAUAAAUUACUUUUAGAUAAUUUUUAGACAAAGCAAUUGAAUUAUAAAUACAAUAUGGAUUCAAAAAAGAACAAAAUUAUUUCAAUCAAAAAAUUAUUCAUACAUCUAUGAUCUAAAAUGAUAAGUAUUAUUUUGAUUUAAUCUUACCCUAUUAUAAAGAAAAUCGACAUUUCUUUGAUAAUUCUGAAACUCCUUUAUGUUUAGCUAUUAAAAAACUAAAAAUGAAUUUUAUUGCAGAUCUUAUGAGUAAUAUUCCCAUCAAAUAUGAAAUUGAUGCAUUUCAUGAAUCCAUAAAAUAAGGACAAAUUUCAUUAGUAAAACAAUUUUUAGAGUUGGGAAUUGAUUGUAAUGGUUUUAGUUAAAAAGGAUUAACUCCAUUAACCAAUGCUGUCUUGAAUAUUACUUAAAUGAAUAUGGAAAUGAUAAUUCAUUUACUUCUUUAAAGUUAAGCUAAUCCAAAUAAAUUAAAUUUAAAUGGAUAAUCAUUAGUAUAAAUGUGUAUUAUUAAAUCAAAUCUUACUGCUCUUAGAUUCAUAAUCAAUUUAAAUAAAAAAAAAUAAACUAAAUUAAAAUUUAAAAUGAACAUUAAAAAUACUAAUGGAGAUUAUCCUUUACAUUUAGCUGUAAAUAGUGUUAGCAUUCUUUAUUUUUUGCUUAACAAUCAAAUUGGAAAUCCUUUAUAAGUUAACUAUUAAAAUCUUACAGCUAAAUAAAUGCCAUUCUCUUAAAAUAGACCACUUAUUUAUAAAUUAUUACAAAAAGAAGAAAGAGUAUAAGUAGCAAAGUAAUUAGCUAAAAAUGAUAUGAGAUUUAGAAUUUUGAAUAAAUGUUAAAAUACAUAAAAAGAUUAUAGUAGUGACAGUUCUUGUCCUGAAUUAUCUGAAGAUGAAAUGCCUAAUAAACCAAAAAUUAAUAGAAAAUAUAUAACUGAAAUUGAUGAAUUAAGUGAAGAUAUAAGAUAAUUAUCUGAAGAUGAAGAAUGCUAACAUAAUUGUAGUUCAGAAUCAGAAAUAUAAUAUCCAAAAGAUAAUCUAAAAUCCCUUAAAUUAGUUUAAUUAAAUCAUUAAAAUUAUCAACUUUUUAAAUUUGAUUAACAUGUUAGAUAAAAGAGUAUAUUAAUUAAUAAAAUUAAUAAGAAAAGAUUAAAUGCAGAUUAGUUUAAUUAUUAUUCAAGACAAGGAUAAAAUUUUAAAGAAAAAAUUAAUUCUUUAAUUUGUUUAAGAUAAGAAUUAUUGCUACUUGGAUAGAUAAGAGAAUAUUCAGAUUUAAUUUGUUCUGAUUUUGCAUCAUAUAUGAGUAAACUCAAUUAAACUAUAUUCAAUUUAGAAUCAGACUUUCAAAAGGAUUCACUUAAAGAUUAUAUGAAUUUUUAAUAAGUUUAAUUUUUAAUAUGAGUUACUUUAGUGAUAUCAAUAUUAAUUAUUUUAUGUAGAGUUUAUAAGUUUCAAUUGUUGAUAAAUACCCUGAUAGAGUGUAUGAAUAUUGCAAAUUAUUCUUAGCCCAAUUUUACUUGAAAUAACAGAUAAAUCUAAAAUUCGCUUUUCAGAUGGAUCAAAAUUCAAAAAGUAUUUGAUAAGUAAAUCAGAUCAUUUUUAUCAUUUUUUUUAAAUACUUAGAAACUCUUUAAAAUUGUCAAAGUAAGAAGCAAUCUAUCUAUUUGUGAACAAUACAGGAUUGAUCAAACCUGGUAAUUAUAAUUUCAUAUUCAGAAAGUUAAGUUGGAGAAAUCUAUUCAAAACAUCAUAGCAAUGAUGGUUUUUUGAGAAUCAUUUUAAGUGAAUAUGCUACAUUUGGACAUUGUUGA